CGCUGAGGUGUCUUUCGGCGGAUUCUUUUUUCAUAUAUGUUCCAUUGAUUCAUUCAUUCAUCCAUUGGAUUGUAAUAUUGUCUGAAAGGUUCCAAACUGUGAUAUAUUCGUUUUAAUCAUCUCAUUAUUCAAUUAGUAAAAUUGUAUUCAACAUUUGAGAAAAUGUGGCCAAAUUUUGCCAUCAUUGUUUUCUUUUUAACAUGUUUUAUUCUGGUCACUUUUGCUGGGCGAGAUUUUUAUGAUAUACUUGGAGUGUCCAGAAGUGCAAAUAUUAACCAAAUUAAAAAAGCUUAUCGUAAACUUGCCAAAGAGUUGCAUCCGGAUAAGAAUAAAGAUGAUGCAGAUUCGACGAGAAAAUUUCAAGAUUUAGGUGCUGCAUAUGAAGUUUUAUCUGAUCCUGAAAAACGUAAAACAUAUGAUCGAUAUGGUGAAGAAGGUUUGAAACAGGAUUCAUUCAGUGGUAGUGAUCCAUUUUCAAGUUUUUUUGGUGAUUUUGGUUUUUUCGAUUUUGGGGGCGGUUCUCGACAUGGUGAACAACGAGAAAUUCCAAAAGGUGCGGAUGUCGUAAUGGAUCUAUGGGUUACAUUAGAAGAAUUAUAUUCGGGAAAUUUUGUUGAAUUAAUACGUAACAAAGUUGUGUACAAACCUGCAUCUGGUACAAGAAAAUGUAAUUGUCGUCAGGAAAUGGUAACAAGACAGCUAGGUCCAGGUCGUUUUCAAAUGAUGCAGCAACAAGUUUGUGAUGAAUGUCCAAAUGUCAAAUUAGUGAAUGAAGAAAAAAUGCUAGAAGUAGAAAUCGAACCUGGAAUGGAAGAUGGCCAAGAACAGCGUUUUAUUGCCGAAGGUGAACCUCAUGUUGAUGGAGAACCAGGUGAUCUUCGGUUAAAAAUUCGUACAUUACCUCAUCCAGUGUUUGAACGUCGUGGUGAUGAUCUUUAUACUAAUGUUACCAUUUCAUUGGUCGAUUCAUUGAUAGGAUUUCAGAUGAACAUUACACAUCUGGAUGGACAUCAAGUUCAUAUUACUCGUGAUAAGAUAACAUGGCCUGGUGCACGAAUGCGUAAAACGGGUGAAGGAAUGCCAAAUUAUGAAAAUAAUAAUCUUCAUGGUAUUUUAUACAUUACAUUCGAUGUAGAAUUUCCCAAAGGUGAACAAUUAAGCGAAGAAAAACGUGCUCAGAUCAAAGAAAUAUUCAAAAGUGAAACCAAAGCUAAUGCCUAUAAUGGUCUUCGUGGAUAUUAAUUUUUAGUAUCGGUCUGCAAAAAAAUGAAUAUACUCUUCUCUUGUAAAAUGAUUCCCUUUGGUUGAACCAUCUACAAUUUUUUUUUGAUUUAAUUUUUUAGGGUGUAAAUAAUUAAACAUUUUGUUUAUUGAAUAAAUAAAAAAAAAUUUUCAA